AAACAUUGAAAUUUUUUUUCCUUUCGGACAUUCCCGACUCCGAUUCGCCGCACGCCUUCAGACCACAGCAACCACAGUAAUUAACCAGGAUCUAGUUUAUACGAGUAUACUCGAUCUCUGCUCCUUUGUGAGAUCUUGGGACUAUUACAUGUUGGAUUUCGGAGAGACUACUCUUCGAUAGCGCUCUACGCCUGAAUACACUUUCUUGAGAAAUACUUCUUGCAGUGGAGCAAGGCACAGAAAACCAAAGGCGCCUCUUCACGUCAUUGGAAAUAUACCCACUAGUCCUCAAAGAUAAGGAUAAAAACUAAACGUGGAGUAUCUACUCGUUGCACGGCACAGGUAGAAGCCGCAACCAUGAACACUCUGAAAGCUGAGGGGUCGUCAACCCUCUCCUUGCCGGAGGGGAGCUAUAUCUAUUCAAUCUCCGCCUCAACCCCCGGUUCAUUUGCAGCCAUAUCAUCAGAUGACUCUCUGCGGACUUUCGAUGCUAGAACUCUGAAGUUACUUUCUGUUCCUGCGACGAAGACGCAUGAAGGAGUCACCUGUCUCAAGGAAUAUGGACAUGCCACCGAAGGGGGACCGCAGUUACUAGCGACGGCGGGCAGAGAUGGGAAGGUCAGGCUGUGGGAUGUUAGGAGCGGCCCCGGAAAGAGUCAGCCGGUCGUGGAAAUGGAGACUGCGAAAAAUGUUCCUGUGUUAUCACUUGCCUGCUCUGCUGGAACGAACACUAUCGUUGCCGGUACAGAGUUGGCCUCCUACCAGGCAGCAGUAGUAUUUUGGGACAUCAGAUCUCCAAACCAACCGCGACUGCAGUAUAUUGAGAGUCACAACGAUGACGUGACAGAGCUACAAUUUCACCCACUGCAUAACAAUGUCGUCCUGUCAGGCAGCACAGAUGGCCUGGUCAAUAUCUAUGACACGAACAUCACGGAUGAGGAAGAUGCGUUGAUUCAAGUAAUCAACCACGGCUCAAUACACCAUGCCGGUUACCUGUCAGAGCAUGCUGUCUAUGCGCUCAGCCACGACGAGACUUUCUCAAUCCACCCAACCACCAACCCAGAUGAUCCGACCCAGGAGCCGUCUCCCAUUCAAUUCGGGGACGUAAGGCAGAGCCUUGGUUGUGAGUAUGUCGUGCAGAUAAUUGGUAGUAGUCAGGGAACCUAUGUCGCGGCUGGAAACACGACACAGCAAAAAUUGGAUCUGAUACCGCUGGUCCCGAAUCCGAAAUGGCGAUUUGACCAAGAAAGCAUUUGGCGCUUACCCGGUGCGCACGGCGAGGAAAUUGUCCGUUCAAUAUACCUCGAUGAAAAGUCACAGACUGUAUUUACCGGUGGAGAAGACGGGGUCGUACGUGCCUGGAGAGCAGAAGAAGCUCGUUCAGAGAGCCGAGAAAGCUCUGAGACGCCUUCCAAGUCUUCUCGUGCGAAAGAUAAAAAGCCGAAGGAGAAAGAACGGUUUAAGCCAUACUAAAGAUAAAAUCGAUGAAGGGAUAGACUUGGUUUAUAGAGAAAAAGGGGAGUCAUGUCUACGAAAAUAGCAUGUUAUGGUUAGGUUAAUGAUCAGCAUUGAAGAAAUGAUCUUUGGAUCUUCAAUUUUAGCAUUUGGAGGCGUUUUCUUGCGGCAAUCCAAGAAGUCAAAGUACUCUAUUAUAGCGGAUUUAUAUAGUUAGUAAACCCUAGGCGGAUAUAACGG